GUGAGCGUUCCCUGGUUCCUAAAGACCGCGGCGAAGCUAGGGCUCGCAACCCGGAUGCAUUGAGACGAGGUCUCGUUCGGGCAUCCCUGUAACUCGGUUGAACCUCUCUAAGCUGUCACAAUAUGCAUUCAACAGUACUCUCCUUGCUCAUUGUCACUCUUUCACUCUUUGUCACACUGUCGUUGGGUGACAUCCUCCUGCGCGACGGUGCGGGCUCAACCACGCUCUCCGACAACUCGCCCGAGGCAUGGCCAGCACCCAACGCGACUGGUGGGAACGCAUGGAAAGACGCGUUCUCGCGCGCCCAAGCCUUCGUCGCCCAAAUGACGCUCGAGGAGAAGGUCAAUCUCAUCACAGGCCACGAUGGUCGUUGUGUCGGUAACACGGGCGCGGUCGAACGACUUGGCGUCCCUGCACUCUGUCUCGAGGACGGGCCCGCCGGGGUGCGCCCCGUUCUGGGCGUGUCCCAAUUCCCCGCGGGGCAGGCUGUUGCCGCGACCUGGGACAGGGAUCUGAUAUAUCAACGCGGCCAUGCCAUGGGACAGGAAUUCUUCGAUCAGGGUGUUAAUAUUGCGCUGUCUCCCGUCACGGGUGGACCUCUCGGACGCAGUCCGCGUGGUGGCCGUAACUUUGAGGGGUUCUUCGAUGACGCAUAUGCCACUGGAGAAGCUGCCUACGCCACCGUCAAAGGCAUGCAAGACGCUGGUGUACUUACCACAGCGAAGCACUACGUCGGCUAUGAGCAAGAGACUUUCCGAAAUCCUUACUCGGUGUUGGAUGUGAUUGAUCCUAUUAACAUCCAAGCUCCCAUCUCAUCGAACAUCGACAAUAAGGCCCUACAUGAGCUGUACUUGUGGGGGUUCGCUGAAGCAGUCCGCGCCGGUACUGGCUACGUUAUGUGCUCGUACAACGAAGUCAACGAGACACAUGCAUGUGCCAAUGCCUACACCCAGAACAACAUCCUGAAGGGCGAGCUUAACUUCCAGGGCGGUAUAAUGUCAGAUUGGGGAGGGGUCUGGAGUGAUACAGAGUUCAUUAACGGUGGACUCGAUAUCGCCAUGCCUGGCGUCGCAUUCCUCGGAAUCUUUGGUCUGUGGUGGGGGGAUGGUCUUAUUCCGUACGUCGAAUCCGGCGUUGUUUCCGAGUCUCGAGUGGACGAUGCAGCCAUUCGCCUCCUAACUCCUUGGAUCUUUUCUGGGCAGGCAGACAAUCCACCUCCAGCUGUCACCUUCAAUGUCGAUCCUGUCUACAUCACGGACGACGUGUACUGGCGCGACGUCAGGAAAGUUGAAACAAUGGCGCUCAUCAGGCAGAUCGGCGAGGACUCCGCGACACUACUCAAGAACGUGCUAGCGAUUAUCGGGACGGACGCAGGCUCGGGUUGGGCGAUCCCACCGACCAUCGUUACGCCUUACGAGGCGAUCAACUAUCGUGCCCGCCGGAUGAACUCGCAGGUCUACGCGGUGUUCAACGAUACGGCGUACGACGUGAUCGCGUAUACCGUGGCGGAAUCCAUGGCGGAUGUUGCGAUUGUGUUCGUGAGUGCGUACACGAUGGAGGGCGUGGACCGUGCUACUCUCUAUCUUGACCACGAUGAGGAAUUACUGAUCGAAACCGUCGCGGCAGUUUGCAACAACACCAUCGUGGUCAUACACGCCGGCGGCCCCGUUCUCGUGGAGGCAUGGAUCGACAAUCCCCACGUGACCGCUGUCGUCGCCGCCCACUUCCCUGGUCAAGAAUCCGGCGACGCCAUCGCUAAUGUACUGUUCGGCGACGUCUCUCCAAGUGGAAAGUUGCCCUACACGAUCGGCCGCUCUCUCGACGACUAUCCCCCGAACACAAUCUCGGAUGAUCCGGUCCUCAAUCCACAAGCCAACUUCACCGAGUCGACGCUGAUCGACUACCGCUGGUUCAGUGCGCACAACAUCACGCCGCGCUUCGAAUUCGGCUACGGCCUGUCGUACUCCACGUUUGCUUACAACAAUAUCUCCGUUCGGAGCGUGUACGAGGCGGACAACAGCACGAUCCAGAAGACGAAUGAGCCGUUCGAGGACAGCGACGGGAGCAACAGUCUGUACGAUAUCAUUGCGGAGGUGACGGCGCAGGUGACGAACACAGGGAACGUCACUGCGUCCGAAGCCGCUCAGCUGUAUGCUACAUUCCCAGACAGCCCUGGGAUCUGGCUGCGGGGCUUCGACAAGCUGAAGGCCCUCUCGCCUGGUGAGACACGCACAGCGACAUUUGCGCUGCGGCGCAAGGACCUUUCGCUGUGGAGCACAGAGCGCCAGCUCUGGUAUAUCACCGAGGGGGAAAUUCAACUGCAAGUUGGCGCAAGCUCGGCGAAGCUGUAUAUGACGAGCUCAUGGUCAAGUUAAGAUAACACCGCUCGUCUGUUACCACUUCGAAAAUUCAUGUGUUUGUUAGGUCGGACUAUGCACUAAUAGUGCAGAAGUAGUGCAGUAUGGGAGGACUGAUGAUGUUUCAUUUGGACACUCAGCAGCUAGUCACUCAACCGUGACGCGCCAGUUGCGCUUGACAUCAUACACUAGGAGAGGCCCCCACUUGUCUAUGUCUAGGCUACUGUGUCUAUUCUCACUGUUGUACAGACAGUUAACGCACGAGCCUAGGGGUCGAUUGUCUCGCACCUCAUCGGAUACCGGUGGCAGGCGCACGGUCAUGCAUGACCAUAGCAGAUGCAUAGCUUACUAGGCGCGGAAGAGGGGUGGAUGUAGAUGGGUUGUGGCUACGCGGAAGGAGGACCGGCGCGUCGCGCGACGCGUCAGUCACGUGGUGACACCACUUCCGAAAAAGGAAAGUACUC